AUGAAUAGCACUAACGUAACUGAAUCAGGGAGACCAAUUGUUGAAAAUACUGUUGCAAAUGUUUUUGAAGCGUACUAUCCUACAGUUGAUCUGCCAUUCUUUAAUAUUUCGUUGUGGAAUAUCUUUAAUAAGACUAUGACUGUCUUAAGUGGUGGGAAGUUUGUUCCUGACGAGUUCAAGUUUGUUCAAGGACAACUACCGUUAAGUGAAUUGAACCACGUAUUGGUUGGUAUCGCUACUUAUUAUGUUGUUAUAUUUGGUGGUAAAUUUUUAUUAAGGAACAGAGAGCCUUAUAAAUUGAAUGCUAUUUUCCAACUGCAUAACAUUUUUUUAACUUUUGUUUCUUUUUCGUUGUUGGUCCUAAUGAUUGAACAAUUGUUUCCAAUUAUUUAUAGAAACGGUAUUUUUUUUGGUAUUUGUGAUAUAAGUGCAUGGAAACCGGAAUUAGUUACUUUAUAUUACUUAAAUUACCUAGUAAAAUUUGUCGAAUUCAUUGAUACUUUAUUUUUGGUUUUGAAAAAGAAAAACUUGACAUUUUUACACACUUAUCAUCAUGGUGCCACUGCUCUUUUAUGUUAUACUCAAUUAGUGGGGAAUACUAGUGUUUCUUGGGUACCAAUUACAUUGAAUUUGGGUGUUCAUUGUUUGAUGUAUUUUUACUACUUCUUAGCUGCUAGAGGUAUUAGAGUAUGGUGGAAAGAAUGGGUCACAAGAUUCCAAAUUGUUCAAUUUAUUUUCGAUGUUACUUUCAUAUUUUUGGUUGCUUAUCAUAGAGCUGCAUUCUUGUACAUGAAAUCCUUACCUCAUUCGCAAUGUGCCGGUUCUACAACUGCUAUUUUCUCAGGUUUCUGUAUCCUGGCUUCAUAUCUGUUCCUAUUCACGGCUUUCUACAUUGAACUUUACAAACGUGCAGGCUCAAAGAAAGCAAAAGAAGCUAAUUCUAAAAAAAAUCGCUGA